ACCUCCACCAAAAUCGAAAUGCCAAACACUUUCACCUGACGCCAAGUCCAACCCCAGAUUCGAGAAUCGAUGAUCCUUUGAUGUUUCGAUUGGUUCCUGUCUUCGAAAGCCAUCAUCUUUUUCUCCCUCAGUGUCGUAGAUCUCAGCUGUGCGUUGAAAGUUAACCGAAGAAAACUUGGACACACCGUGCACUCCUUCUUUUGGGCAGGGUGACUGGAAAUAUUUCAACAUGUCCCAUUCUCCUCCUGAGAGUCCCGGGAUGAGCUGGAAACAAAGCCUGACGGCCUCAGAACGAUACGACAAUAUCCAGAAACUACAGCAGUUUGUGGCCGCGGCAGGACUGAGUGAAAACGCCUUUGCCCUGGAGAAAAACGCCUAUGAAUCUGCACGCACCAGGGAGGAGUAUGAUGAGUUUUGCAACCAGUCCCUUUUUGGAUCUUCUGAGGCAGAUCAGGCCGCAACGGCUGUGUCUAACGAACAGGAUGAAGAUGGGAACGCCGAAGUGGAUCCUGGAGUUACCAUUGGUGACUAUCAAAACUGCUACUACAUUACGAGCGGCGUGACUGCCGAUGUCUACAGAGCCGGCGACAGGGCGCUCAAGGUCAUCGUCGAGACUAGAAACAUUGAGCCUCACAAUCCAACACGAGAGGCAAAGCUCCUGGGCCUCUUAAGCAAGCCAUGCAUCCCUUUGCUCGACACCUUUCGAGACUACGAGCAGCGUCUGGUCUUAGUCUUUCCAUACAUGCCGCUGACUCUUGAGAGCCUCCGGGAGCGGGCGCCUCUCAAAGACAGCCAAAUCCGCAUCAUUUUCAAGGAUGUCUUUACUGCUUUGGCCUCUUUACAUAGCCAGGGAAUCAUUCACCGCGAUGUCAAGCCUUCGGCUAUUCUCCUUGAAUCCCCCACAGGGCCAGCCUACCUUUCCGACUUUGGAGCGUCCUGGCAUCCGACCCUGUCAGCAGCCACGGAGCCCGCAGACAACAAGAUCUUGGAUAUUGGUACCGGCCCCUACCGAGCCCCCGAAGUCUUGUUCGGGAAUCACUCGUAUGGGCCUCCUGUCGACAUGUGGGGGGCAGGCGUGAUGCUUGCCGAGUGCUGCAGAAGAGGGGCGAACAAGCACCUAUUCGAGUCACGAGCUGUGCAUGAGGACGGGAAUCAACUGGGUCUCAUUCUUAGCAUAUUCAAGACCAUUGGGUCACCUACGAGGGAGAGCUGGCCCGAGGCCGUGAGCUUUAGGACGCCUCCCUUUGACAUCUACCGCGAGUUCGAACGUCGCUCAUGGGACAAAAUUCUUCCGGAUGUAACUGAGGAUUGGAGGGAACUGAUAAGUGGCCUUGUGAAGUAUGAUAGCGGAAGAGCUACGGCGGAACAGGCACUCCGAUACCGCUGUAUGAAUGAAACGUAAUGAUUUUUUUUAUAGACAAACAAGUUGAUGGACGCGGUGGGCGGUGUUACCUCUUUCUCCAAGGGCGUAGGGUGAGUAGGAUGGAGAUAUAGGAGUUUGUUCUGGAUGGAGUUUGUGACUUCGUCUUGAGAAUCGGGUGAAAGCCUUUUGAUGUACUCUUGUCUUUGUGUUGAACUUCGACUCAGUCGAAACAAGAAGAUCACUUAAUGGCUGUAUGCGCUGUAGCCCAGAGCCAAACUUGACCCGUACCGCAGCCCGGGCAGGCUUGAUGAACUCCGCUUCCAAAACCAGAUCUUAAAUGUGGGCCGACGGCGACGAAGAUACGGCAGAGAACAUUCUGGACGAGUUUACAACGAAGAAACAAUUUCCCAAGAAAAUCGAAAUCA